CAAAAAUGCUAGCUAAACAACGUUACAUUUAUAACAUCCAUGCGGUGUAAAUUUAGAGGAUUUGUGCUUCUUUGUUAAUGGUGUUUUCUAGAUGCGGCUCACUAAGUAUUUUUAAGUGUGUUUUCAAAUGGACUCUGAACUUAAGUUAUACCAUCUCUGGGUAUUUAAUUUGGGAUAAAACCAAGCGCGUUAGAAAUCACGACAGUCACAUCUACAGUUUUGCGUAUGGCUAGAAAAAUACUAGUCAGUUGUGUACAGAAAUGGAGAAAAGCUGCUCUUUGCCUUUGUUUUAAAUCUCAAAGGACGUACUAUCAAAAGGACGUUACUCUUCUAACGAAAUUCCUGUUCAUGCCUGCAGUUUCUGAUUGUGAACAACCAAGAAAAAAACCGAGGUUGGAAAUUAACACCAGCAACACUUUUACUACAAGCACAACAACAGGGUCCCAGCUGCUGUCAAACACAAGGGUGGCACAGCAAGAGAUUGGCUUGGACACCAUAGUAUCUUGCAUUCCUAAUUCAAGCAAAGAUAACAAACUGAAAACUGCUGAUGCUUGUUGUGGCACAAGGAAGGAACUGAAAAUGGACACUACAAUAAAUGUGAGCUCUAACAAAGAACUAGAAAUAGGUGAUUCUAGAAAAGAUCUUAUGUUAGAUACUUCUUUUGGGAAGGAAAACAUUCAGCAGAGAGAUCCAAUCAGAGAAAAUAAUUUGGGCCUGUCUAAAAAUGAAGAUGUUGAAAUAAAAGGUGUAGACAAAUCAGUAGAGUUCGAGGGAAUGGACGUUUCAACAAGCACCAAAGCGGAGGUGUCUGGUACAAAGGCACAUGGAUUAGAUAGUUCUAACCACAGAACAAAAGCUGACAAUCAGAUAAAUUUGACUUGUGAAAAAAGACCGAAGAACCCAUGCACUCUUGACACAUGGCUAGUCAAACCAAUAAAGGUGUGUCCAGUAGAGAUGGCUGGGGGUAACCUGAAUACAGAUUCUACUUUAGACCAGGGAGGUCAAGCUGUUAGUAAGAGUCUCCAAACAGAUGAAGAAGAUGUGGAAAUGAUGAGUCCGGAGAGCCUGCCUAGCCACCCUGUGCUGUGUGAAGAUAGCCUGAGUCGGGCUGAAAAACAAGGGAGUCAUCCUAGAGCUGCUGAAGAAUCCCCAGCUCUUGAAGAUGAGAUCUCCAGCAAGCAGAUCUCUGACCCCAAGCUUGUGGCCAGCACCAAAGCAGACGCUGUUGAAGAACCCACUGAGACCAAAGAUUCCAUAUUGGCUGAGGGGAAAGGGGAAAACAGAGAAGAUGGAAAGACAGCAGCAGUUAACUCUAAUAAGCCUGAGAAGACAGGAAGUCCACCUGGUCCCUCCUCAUCCUCAGGUGCUGCAAAGUCUUCUGGAAAAAGGGAAUCAAAAAUUACUGAUUUUUUCCAACAAAAGCAAGCAGAAACACCACCAACCAGUGAGAAGGCCCAAUGUGAAUUUAAAGACAGAAAGCAUAGCAGGACACCACCUAAUAGAGGGCCAAUUCCUCCUGGUGCAAAAUGGCUGGGGACGCCCAUUGAUGAACUGAGGAGGAUGCCAAUGUGUGGCACCCCACUACCACACUUAAAAGCAACACCGUGUCAUUUAGUGAUGAUAAGGACUGACCUUCUCCAAGAAGGAGAGGUCCCUGUUCCUUAUCCCACCAAGUACAAGGACAUCUGGGAUGAUGCCUAUGUGAAGAUGCCUUGUUCAGAAAGGAAUCUUUUCCCAGUGGAACAUGAAGAUGGAAGUCCUGUGGUGCAAAGUCGAUGGGAGUUGAUUCAAAACUCGCUGCAAAGCAGGUUCAACAGUUCCCUGGAUGUGACGGAUGCAAUAUUGAGAUACAAUGUCAGAUAUGCAAAGAAAUGGGAUUUCACUGCUCUUAAUUUGCUUUGCACAGAGGUUCUUGAAUAUGCAGAAGUUGAACAUCUGUUUGGAUCUAUUCUGCCUAAAAUGGUGCACUUAGCUCUCAGACUGCCAAAGCUGUGCACCCAGCCGAUACCGCUGCUUAAGAUGAAGAUGAAUCGUUCCAUCACAUUGUCACAAGAACAGAUAGCCUCCCUCCUGGCUAAUGCCUUCUUCUCCACAUUCCCCCGCCGCAAUGCUAAGAAAUCUGAGUAUUCAAAUUAUCCAGACAUCAAUUUCCACAGAUUAUUUGAAGGAUCAUCACCAAGGAAGAUUGAAAAGCUCAAGACUCUUCUGUGCUAUUUUAGAAGAGUCACAGAAAAAAUACCUACAGGCCUGGUUACAUUUACAAGGCAAAGUCUGUCCUCCUUUCCAGAUUGGCAAAGCUCUAAAAAUCAACUUACCAGGCUUCACAUCACAUGUGAAGGUACUAUUGAGGAUCAAGGAUGUGGGAUGCUUCAGGUGGACUUUGCAAACCGAUUUGUUGGCGGUGGCGUCACAGGGUUGGGCCUGGUACAAGAAGAGAUCCGAUUCCUCAUUAACCCAGAACUCAUUGUCUCCCGGCUUUUCACUGAAGCACUGGAACAGAACGAAAGCCUUAUUAUCACAGGUGUGGAACGCUUUAGCAAUUACAGUGGCUAUGCAGAAUCCUAUAGAUGGUCUGGAAACCACAGUGAUGAUACAGCAAGGGAUGAUUGGCAGAGAAUAUGCACCGAGAUUGUUGCUAUAGAUGCCAUAAAAUAUAGACGCUUCCUUGAACAAUUUAUUCCAGAGAAAAUUAGGAGGGAACUCAAUAAGGCUUUCUGUGGAUUUGCACGCCCUGGUGUUGAAAGCACAAACCUGUCUGCUGUGGCUACUGGAAACUGGGGCUGCGGAGCCUUUGGAGGAGACACUCGGUUAAAAGCUCUGCUGCAGAUGAUGGCCGCUGCUGAGGCUGGACGAGAUGUGGCGUAUUUCACCUUCGGCGACAGGGAGCUCAUGGGGGACGUCCAUGAGAUGCACACGUUCCUGACUCAGAGACACGUAACUGUUGGCGAUAUAUACAGACUGCUAGAACAAUACUACAGUAAUGUGUGCAGAAACUGUCUCACUCCUCGGCCUGAUCAGAACCUGUACAGCUUCAUUUACGACACAGACAGUGAAGAGGACACUGCUAAACCAACUGCCUCCAAGGAUAAUUAAGUGUGUUUUUUUUUUUUUUUUUUUAUUAACCCAGUUUAUAGAGAGAUAUCAUUUUGGUAUAAAUUAUUUUUAUUUUCCAUUUCCAUUUGAUUCUUUAUGAUUUUGCAGAUAUAAUGAACAAUUUCUGCUGUGAGUUAAAGAUCAAAAUCCCUUUCUUUUAACUAUAUAUAAAAAGAAAAGAAAAAUGAUAGAAAGAAAGUUGUACCCACGUGGCUAAAUCUUAUGUUUCUGUCCAAAAUAAAUUGUAUGUUAAGGACAGUACCUGUAAUGCCAGAAUGCUGUGAUGGAAUAUUCAUACUGUAGUCUUCUGAAAUAAACAAAGCUGGCAUUUGAAUGGGGAUAUAAGACCUGGUAAAUCCUAUAUGUAUCAUGUAUACUGUCACCCAGCAUUAUUGAACUUGUAUUAAAAAUAUAUAGACAGUUAUGUCUGCAUGGAAAGCAUAGUGCGGUGUUUAAGAUGCCUUUUCAAAGCUGCCUAUUAAAGGGCAAGGUCAGACUGAGAGCGUUUGUAGCCCAAGCCAAAAAGAUAGAGGCUUGGUUUUAUAAUGACUGCUGUAACAGUCAUGCCUAUACUUUUACAUACUGUAGUCUGGCUCAAUAAAAAUGGUGGUCAUUCUCAAUAUUGGAUAUAAACCUGUUAGAUGCAGUUCUGUCUCGGCUAAAUAGAGGCUAUACAGUAGUAGCAAUUGUUGCUGUUCUGCUUGCUAGAGCGUUAAAGUAUGCAAAGUUGAAAUUCAGUCUACCUUUGGUAUAUACAGUCGUAAUUAUAUAUUAUGCAACUGGUGUAUUGUAACUUGUUUUAGAUAUAUUGCAUGUUCAAUUUCCAUUUUGAAAAACACAGAUUUUACUGUGUAAAGUAAUAUUUAAUUUAAAUUUGGGGGAAAGGGGUUCUUGGUUUGAAGAGUUGCCUUAUGUGUAAUGUCAAUCUUUUAGCAAAGUUAAUACAUGAUGAAAUCUUUACUAGUGUUUGUUUUAUUAUAGUGACUGCAUUCUUAUUUGUUUUUGUUUUUACUCUGUAUCAUAAUUUAAUAAAAAAAUAGUCCCAGUAUAA